AUGAUUACUGUAGUUCAGUCCGUUUCCAUAUUUCAUUCUGAUGAUAAAUACACUCUUACCCCAGAAGAUCUUCUAAAAUCAUCUCUCUUAUUACUUUUCUUGGCUUCUGUAGUAACAAAUUCAUAUAUCCUUGACAAUAACAGUGGUCAGUUAAAACUCAGUUUAAAAAAACUUCUACAUAUUCUUGCUUCUGAUAUUGAAUGGUCCUAUCUGACUGGUAAUCUCCAACCUUCAAAUACUUCACCUAGUGGAAAAACAUCUUCACAAGGAGAGCUUGACACGCAACUUGAGAGCAUCGAAGAAAAAUAUGUUGCUUUGUUAUCUCAACUUCCUCAAAAAAGACAAAAACUUAACUUUCAAAAUUCUUCAUCUAAACUCUCAAAUAACAAAACUAUAUAUCAAAAUUUUAAAGAAACUUCUUCUGCUGAACUUUCUUAUAUAAAAUCUAGCUCACAGAUUAUUAAUAAUAAACGUAAUUUGCAAUAUAUAAAUGAAACUCUUGUCUCUACUAUUUCUCGUAUAGUAGAAAAACCUACCUCCCCUAUUAAUGAUAAUGAUCUCACUAAACCUACUUGCUCUGAUACUUCUGCUCUUCAGAGCAAAGUACCUGAAACUAAUAAAAGAUGUUUGAAACCACUUCUACUUGCAAAAAAAUAA